AGGCUCUUCUGAGCCUUUAAAACCCCAGGCCUUCAGAGGAGACCGGGUUUCCGGCUGCCGGACUACUCUCUCUGCUUAGACUGGGUUUUCCGCUGCCGGAGUACUCUCUCUGUUUAGCAUAGGGUCUUUUUCUCGGUGUGGCUGCUGCGUGUGUGUUUCCUCAUCCUCACAGACGUCUUCCUUCAACUGCCGAGUCUGUCAAAAAAAAAAAAAAAAAAUCUGUUGCAUUUCAGAUUUUUUUUCUGCCUUUUAUUUCUUUAACUGGUAGGAAAGCUGAACCCAAUCAAGACCCCCUAGGCCGUAUUAUUUCUAGACUGACUUGUCAUUUUGGGGGCUGGCCUCCGGAUUUCUUCUGAAGACGGUAUAAUUUUGAAACCUCAUCCCUGGAUCUCUUUUGAGGACCAUCGACUCACCAAGAAAUGACUUAUAUGAUGAAGAAAGAACGUGCCUUUUGGGCAUCUGUGUGUCUGUUGCUUAGCGUCGUCCCUGAGCUUCUCAAUGCUCUGCCUGAGAAAGUUGAUGAAUCUUCAGAAACCACAGAUUCUGCGCUGCCACCAAUGAAACCGAAACAAACACUUUGCGCAAUGAAGGUAGACGACGGGCCGUGUAAGGCGUUGAUAAGGAGUUAUUUUUUCAAUAUUCUUACUCAGCAAUGUGAAGAAUUCAUAUAUGGGGGAUGCAGAGGAAACGAGAAUCGAUUUGAGACCCUGGAAGAGUGUAAGGCAACAUGCUUACCAGGUUAUAGAAAGACGCCCGUGAAGACAAUAUCCGCAGCAGGGAAGCCGGAUUUCUGCUUCUUGGAAGAGGAUCCUGGAAUCUGCCGAGGCCUCAUUACUAGGUAUUUUUACAACAAACAGUCAAAGCAGUGCGAACAAUUCAAGUAUGGUGGGUGCCUGGGCAACCAGAACAACUUCGAGACCUUGGACGCAUGCCGGAGCACCUGUGAGGACGCAGUGAAUGAGUUACCGAUGGUCAACUAUGUACCUGAACGAAAUACUGUAAAUAACACUUUGAUUACCCAAUCUACCAAAUCGCCCAUCCGUUGGGUGGCCUUGGGACUCCAUCACCUUUAUGAUAUUUUGAAAAAGCUCAUCUUUGGGUAGACUUCAAAAGCCUACUACUGCUAAUCCGUCUCCAGCACUUGGUCUCUGAAUGAGAAAGCAAGCACCUAAGUACUGCUCCAGGGCUGUUCUGCUUCAUGCCAGCCUCCAGGUCAAGGGAGAAUGACUAGAUGUAAUAAAGAAGACCCUGUGGCCACUUGAAACUCUCUCCUGACUCUAUCUAACAUAUGACCUGGGGUCAAGCUCCACAUACAUAGAAAAUGGUGGAAAAGAAACAAAUACAUAUAUAAUUAUAUAUAUACGUGCACAUACAUAUGUAUAUAUAUCAUUGUCAUUGGCCUUUUGGAAGAGGAAUAAUGUUGACAGAGAAGCUAUUCAAUAAUCAAAGUGUCACUGCUGACGUGUUUAUGUUAGAGAUCCGCAAUACAAUAUUUUCACUUCUAUGUUCUCUUGGAAGAUACUGAUCACACGCAGAGGAAUAUUGCAGUUAUGUAAAAUUUCUGGGAAAACAUCCCCCUACCAACUAGAGAAUUACACAUUUAAAUGCAUACCCCAUGAAUGCAUACAUCAUGAGCUCUGUGGACAGUGCUGUAAGCUUCAUUUCAUCAACAAGCACACACAGUUUGAAGCAAGUGUGGUGGCCUUCAAAUGUACGCUUGCCGAGAAGCCUAGAGUCUAUCUCAUCCUACGUAUUCCUGCAUAGUAAACCUGAUGGCUUGUGCGGACACCCUGGCGAGCUGGCUUUCCAUAAAUAGACAGCGUUAGCAGAGCUCACACCGGGCCUUCUACUUCCUGGCAGGAGCACUGGCACGGAGCAAGAAUGUGGCACUUCCUCUGCCAGAGUCGCAGCUGUCGCCCUGCCUACCUGGCAGAUCUCUUCACAGACAAUUCUGAGUCUAAUCAAAGACCACGGCUGUCCCAGAUAGCACAGCCCUCCAGAGAGGUGUUUCUCAAAUGUCAACAGAUACUCUUACUAGAGACGAAACGGACAGCUUCACUGGGGUCAACCAAAUUAGUUUAAAUGACAUUCGCACCGAAUAAAAUCAUAGAAAUUUAAGUUUGUGACAAUUAUAGGGCCACACCAAAAACUUAGUUGCGUAUUCAUACCGACCAGACCACUAACCAGCGCUACUAAUUUGUCAAGAUUUCUUGUUCUUAAAACAGUAGGAGAAUACAUAUUGGAAUACGAAUUUUGUAUUGACAGCCAAAAGAUAAAUGAGGAUUAAGAAUUAGUUUAGAAAUAUCUGCGCUACUCCGUCUUAAUUCUCCGAGUGUUGCCUUUCUCUGUCAAGAUUGGAUGAUCUCUGCAGAGAUGAAGUGAGAGGCACCACUAAAGAGCCCCAAGUCUACCUUUCGCAACACCACAGGGCUGUGCUCCCAGUUUUCAGUCAUGUGAAUGCCAGGAGCUUGCUCGCUGGUAUGCAUCUGAUCAUGGAGACAUAAAGGCCUGGCUGUGUUCUGUGAUUUCCAGAAUGACGCCAGGUGGAACACGCCAACCUAAUGAUUCCUGCCUUCAGGUGCCGGAGAGCUAUUUGGCUCAGCACUGCUGCCCAGGGCCAGUUUCCAGCCGCCUUGUUAGGGUUUUCUGUUUCAAUUCGGCACCUUUCCCCUGUUCAGACUCGAACACCACUUCACACACGUGAAGGGUGCAUGGACACAUUUGGGUCUCUUUGAUUGGCAAUUGAUGAGGAGAAGGGAUUUGGGGGUUAGAAAUAAUGAAUAUUCACCGACUUUAUCUGAUCACAUUACUGAAAUAUUCGCUCGGCAAGUCUAGAAGUGUUUUCUACUUAGCUCUAGAGCGCUGUCUCAGGGUGGGCAAGGACACGGGCUUCACAAGUGGAAUUGGAGCUUAAUUCCAGUUCUGUAAUUUCCCGACUUGUUUUGUACCCUUGAAAAAAAAAAGCAGGCAGCUUCUCGAAGCCUCUAGUUCUUAGCUACAUGUGGAAUGCAGUAUGUCAUAAAGUAUUUAAAGUCCCGCAGUAUUUGUGAAGCUCUUCAUCCUGUGUUGUCAUUAACAAGAAUAUUGAUUUUUAAGACCAGCUUGGUGAUGACAACAAUGACCCAGCUUCACCUAAGAUAUAUAGACAUAAAAGAAAUAGCUCAAAGAUACCUACUAGUGAAUCUUUUAUUAUAGUUUUAGUACAACUAAGGCUGUAACCUUGAACUGAAGAGUCUUAAUUCAUUAUAGUUAUCUGAAUUAAUACACAGUGCUUGUAAAAUCAAAGCGUAAGUAAAAUUUCAUUUUCUGUGUCUCUGGA